CGCCAAGUCAACCUCGCUGCUAACCUGAAAGAUGUCGGCCGAUAUAAAAUACAACGAGAAGCCCGGGCCUGAUGAUGUGAUGCGGGAGAAGAGCAUCGGUGGUGGCCACCAUGCUGAGGUGCUGGAUAACAAGGAGCUCAUGACUGAUGCUCAGAAUGCCGAGGCGCGCGAGCAUGAGAUGACCCUGUGGGAGGCCGUAAAAGACCACCCCAUGGCGUGUUUCUGGGCCUUUAUUUUCUGCUUUACCAUUGUCAUGGAGUCGUUCGACAUGUUCUUGAACGGCAACUUCGUGGCGCUUAGCGCUUUCAAGGAGCGAUACGGAGUCCAGGUUGCGGGACAGGUUGGCAAAACCAUUCCCACAAAAUGGCAGAGUUCGCUCUUCCAGGCUGGUCAAUGUGGCGCCUUUAUUGGUGUCAUGAUUGUUGGUCCAAUCACCGACCGUCUUGGUUACCGCUGGACGACCCUUCUGGCCCUCGUUAUCAUGAAUGCUACCAUUUUCAUUUCCUUCUUCGCCAACUCACUCGAGGUCCUUGUCAUCGGACAGGCAUUCGAGGGUGUCCCAUGGGGCAUGUUCAUCGGAAAUUCGCCCGCUUAUGCUAGUGAGGUCGUACCCCUCGUUCUCCGUGGUGCCUGCACAGCGACCCUGCAAAUGUCGUGGUCCAUCGGUAGUAUCAUUGUCGCUGGCGCCAGCUACGGCUUCAACGGGCGAAAUGAUGAGUGGGCCUGGCGAGCACCGCUUGCCCUGCAGUGGAUCUUUCCUCUUCCGCUCAUGGCAAUCAUCUGGUUCGCCCCCGAGAGCCCUUGGUGGCUCGUGCGAAAAGGCCGCAAAGAUCAGGCUCUUAAGUCCAUCAAGCGUCUCGGCCGCAGGAGCGGAACUCAAGCAUCUGCCGAGGAGACACUUGCUAUGAUGGAACGUACCGUUGAGAUUGAAGCUCACGCCGGCGGCCAGCCCAACUUGCUCGACCUCUUCAAAGGAGUUGAUCUUCGCCGAACGCUCAUUACGUGCUUGACCUACGCGUCUCAGAACUUUGCUGGUAACUUGAUUGCCAACCAGGCCACCUUUUUCUUUGAGCAGGCUGGAAUGUCCACCAACUUCUCCUUCAAGCUCAACAUCAUCAACUCCUGCCUGCAGCUGAUUGGCAACAUCUUGUCAUGGCCCCUAGGCGCCCGUUACGGCCGUCGAACAAUUUACCUUGUAGGCACAGCCACCAACAUUGUUAUGCUCAUGGUUCUCGGUGUUUGCGCAUCGGUCAACCAGAGCAGCGCAACCAACUACGCACAAGCUUGUCUUGGUGUCAUCAUCUCGUUCGUCUACGCCUUGGCCAUGGGUCCGACCACAUACUCCAUCAUCGCAGAAGCAUCCUCGGUUCGCCUUCGCGCGCUCAGCACCGGUGUCGGUCGUGCCGCCUACUACGUUGCUGAAAUUCCUAUGAUUUACCUGGCCUCGCGAAUGCUCAACCCAAGCGGCUGGAACAUGGCCGGAAAGUGCGGAUAUGUCUGGGGCGGUACAGCUUGCGUCUGCUUCGUCUCCGCCUACUUUGGUCUUCCCGAAUUCAAGGACCGCUCUUACCGUGAGCUCGACAUUCUGUUCAACCGCAAGGUUUCGGCCAGGAAAUUCAAGACGACUGUCAUUGACGUCAGGGAGAACGAGUAAAACUAUUCACCUUUUGCUCCAUAUUUAUCUAGAGAAGACAUCCGCAAAUUGUUCAUCAAGGGAGAGGAUGUUCAGCGUGGAACCCGAUGUCCUGGAGACUUUAUGAGUAGCCUUGGCCUCGCUGCGCUCAGCGCGAGCGGCUUUUCAAAUCUUAGAAUUGACACCCUUCGCAAGCGCGGGAUUGUAAAUAUUAUGGUUAAUGUGUUAAACGC